AUGGAGGCCCUUUUCACAAAAGAGGAAAUGAACAAGUUCAUAUCUGGCGGUGCUGCUGGAGCGGUAGCUAAAUGUGUUAUAGCUCCACUAGAUCGUGUCAAAGUGUUAUUCCAAGCUACUACACGAAGAUUUACUGUCAAUAAUGCCUUGCUUGAAAUGAUUAGAAUUUCCAGAGAGGAAGGCAUUAGAGCUUUUUGGAAAGGAAAUUAUGCGAUGAUGCUUCGAAUAAUUCCUUAUUCCGCAAUAGUAAUUUCUAAUUAGCAAUUCACAACAUAUGACUACUACAAAAAACAAAUUUUUGAAUCUGACAGAAGCUUCUCAAAAACAAAAUUAAUGCUCUUUAAUUUCAUGCCAGGUGCUUUGGCAGGCGCAACUGCAGUUUUAAUGACUUAUCCUUUUGAAGUCACAAGAACUCGCCUUGCCAUCCAAACGACUUCACAAGUUUACAAAGGAGUCUCGCAUGCUUUUUGGACUAUUGGCAAGGCUGAAGGCAUGAAAGGUCUUUUCAACGGGUUUUACCCUACCAUUUGUGGAAUUGCCAUAUACAGCGGGGUUUCGUUUUCGUUGUAUUUUACUUCCAAAGAAGUAAUCGGCCACAGUGGGAAUUUGGAGCAUUUUCUGUUUGGAGCUGCUGCAGGAAUAAUUGGCCAGCUUUCUGCAUAUCCAUUUGAUGUUGUCAGAAAGCGUAUGCAAGCUCAUGGCUUUAUAGAAAAAGUCUCAAGCUUUAGAGCUACACACAAUGAAGAAGAGCUUAAAAGCAUGCUGAGCUAUUGGAAAAUGAUAGUCAGGGGAGAAGGACUUCGAGGACUUUUCAAAGGGUUCUCCAUGAAUAUCGUCAAGUCUCCAAUAGCCUCAGGCAUUGUACAUACUACAAAUGAGGUGAUGAACCACUAUUUCGAAGAUUACUCAGAAAAAGAGAAAUCAUACUUAUAA